AUGGUAGCAUACAUGUUCCUUUAUCCUUUCGUUGCGCUUUUUUCCGUUUUUUGCAUCUCUGUUUCCAGUGGUCAAUAUGCCAACUUUAAUAAGCUGGAACUGCCCCAAGGGGUCAGCGGACCUGAAUCGGCUGCAUUUCGUGGAGUACUAAUUUUCUCUGUAGGUCCCUACACGACUGUCACCGAUGGUAGGAUUUUGAAAUGGCUAGGCCCUAUUGUUGGUUUUGUGGAUUUCGCAUAUACUUCACCCCGAAGGACAAAACAAUUUUGUGAUGGCACCACAGAUACUGAAAAGGGUCCAAUAUGCGGCAGACCAUUGGCUCUUAGCUUACACCCUGUAACCGGAGAUCUCUAUAUAGCUGAUGCGUUUUUUGGACUUUUAGUUGUUGGCCCUCAAGGCGGGCUUGCAACUCAGCUUGUCAACGGCUUCAAGUUUCUUACCGGCCUUGACAUUGACUUGUCAACAGGCAACAUAUAUCUUACUGACGCCAGUACGGUUUUUGACAUUAGAAAUACUACACAGGAGGGGUUUGCGCUUGAUCAUACCGCAAGGCUCCUACGUUACAACCCAAAUAACAGACAAUUAACUGUUUUGCUCACUCGUCUAUAUGGCGGGGGUGGGCCUGCUGUGAGUAAGGAUGGCACAUUCGUUUUUGUACCUGAGUUUCUUGAUGGGCGGGUCUCAAAGUACUGGCUGGUGGGGCCUAAAGCAAAUACCCAAGAGUAUUUGCUAAUUUUGAAGGGGAACCCAGAUAAGAUAAAGCGUGCAGAAAAAACUGGAGAGUUUUGGGUGGCCGUUACUUUUGGAUUCGUACCACGAGUAUAUCCCAUGAUACCGUCAGGAUUCCGGAUUAAUUCAGACGGAGUUGUGUUGCAAAAUGUGUCGUUUGCAACACAAUACCCUAACAAAUCAAUAAGUACAGUCGUGGAGCAAGGUGGAAAACUUUAUGUAGGCUGUAGGAACACCACUUCCAUUGGUGUCUAUUCUAAUUAG